AUGGCUGAUGCGUUACAUGAUGAUGAUGACCAACAAUUUCACACCGGAGAUGCUGGUGCUUCAACCACAUACCCACAGCAAUGCUCAGCAUUAAGAAAAAAUGGUUUCGUCAUGUUAAAAAGUCGACCAUGUAAAAUUGUUGAAAUGUCAACAUCCAAAACUGGAAAGCACGGUCAUGCAAAGGUUCAUAUGGUUGGUAUCGAUAUAUUUUCAGGCAAAAAAUAUGAAGAUAUCUGUCCAUCAACGCACAAUAUGGAAGUUCCUAACAUCAAACGUACUGAAUAUUCGAAUUCAUUGAGAAAUCUAAAAGAAAAAGUGAAAUCGAGUUUGUGCGAUGGUAAGGAUGGUUGUUUACUUGUUAGAGCUAAAAUGUCUUGGACAGAUCGUUUAUUACAUGCCGAUAAUCCUGUAGUUUUUUUUGAUGUCACUGUUGGAAAUACAGAAAUUGGUCGUAUUCUUAUUGAGCUUUAUGCACACGUGGCACCAAAAUCGGCUGAAAAUUUUCGACAGUUUUGUACAGGCGAAUAUAAAAAAGAUGGCGUACCGUGUGGUUAUAAGGGUGCUCCAUUUCAUCGUGUAAUCAAAGAUUUUAUGAUACAAGGCGGAGAUUUUGUAAAUUCUGAUGGAACGGGUUUGAUGUCUAUAUAUGGUGGAAAGUUCCCCGACGAAAAUUUUGUUAUGAAACAUAAUCAAGCCGGUUUAUUGUCCAUGGCAAAUAGCGGCAGAGAUACAAAUGGAUGUCAAUUUUUUAUUACCUGUACAAACUGGCGGGUUAUCGAAGGAAUGUUAGUUGUUCGAAAAAUUGAAAAUGUACCAGUGGGAGUAAAUAAUAAACCAAAAAUUGCCGUUGUUAUAUCUCAAUGCGGCGAAAUGUAG